AUGGCUAUAAUUGGCUCAAUCGAAUGUCUAAAGACUAACAUUCGCAAAGCAAGGAAGGAACUGAGAGAAUGUGGGCAGAGUGAGGUAGGGAACAAAGAGUGUCGGGUUAGGGAAGGGAGACCCGGCCAACUAGCCAAGCAAGAUGGGUUAAGGGAUGGCCUUUCGUAA